CAUGUCGGCGGCCACGGCGCGGAGGCCGGUGUUUGACGACAAGGAGGACGUGAACUUCGACCACUUCCAGAUCCUUCGGGCCAUCGGAAAGGGCAGCUUCGGCAAGGUGUGCAUUGUGCAGAAGCGGGACACAGAGAAGAUGUACGCCAUGAAGUACAUGAACAAGCAGCAGUGCAUCGAGCGGGAUGAGGUGCGCAACGUGUUCCGGGAGCUGGAGAUCCUGCAGGAGAUCGAGCAUGUCUUCCUGGUGAACCUGUGGUACUCCUUCCAGGACGAGGAGGACAUGUUCAUGGUGGUGGACCUGCUUCUGGGUGGAGACCUGCGCUACCACCUGCAGCAGAACGUCCAGUUCUCCGAGGACACGGUGAGGCUAUACAUCUGCGAGAUGGCGCUGGCCCUCGACUACCUGCGCAGUCAGCACAUUAUCCACAGGGACGUCAAACCCGACAACAUCCUGCUGGAUGAGCAAGGGCACGCGCAUCUGACCGACUUCAACAUCGCCACCAUCAUAAAGGACGGGGAGCGGGCCACUGCACUAGCUGGGACCAAGCCGUACAUGGCUCCGGAGAUCUUCCAGUCCUUCGUCAGUGGUGGGAGCGGCUAUUCCUUCGAGGUGGACUGGUGGUCAGUGGGGGUGCUGGCCUAUGAGCUGCUACGUGGAUGGAGGCCCUACGACAUCCACUCCAGCAAUGCCGUGGAGUCCCUGGUGCAGCUGUUCAGCACGGCGAGUGUGCAGUACGUGCCCACCUGGUCCAAGGAGAUGGUAGGCCUGCUGCGGAAGGUGAGCCCCUCCCGUCGGAGGAAGGCCGCGGGUCCUGCGGUCGUGGGUCUGCAUUCCCCCCACCCAGCCCACAGCCCAUCCAGCCUCAGGCUCUUUGCCAUCUGGCGGUAGCUCGGC